CAGGGCAUUCGUGAAAAAGCCAUAAAAUGACUUUGGGAGGAACUUCUGUCUCUGGGCUAAAACAGCCCCUUCCACCCCAGCUGGGCUGAAGCACGUGUGAGUUUUUCUCCUCCUCGAUGGCAGGUCUGACAGGACUGAAAAGGAGCACGAGAUCGGAUCGGCCCCUUUGCUGAGGCUUUGGAAACUCUGCUGCCUGUUCUUGCUGUGGCUUGUUCGUGGCUUUAUCUCCAGCUCGGGUUCGCUCGGGGCUCGCCCUCCACGCGCUCAGCGAAGGCAAAUAACGCUCUGUAGAAGAUUUAAUAGCGAGUGGUUGUCCUUGUAACAGUCCUGGUCCCCGCUCAGUGAUGUGUGAGUAACUCCUGCUGGCAGAGGAGUCGCCCAGCUGAGUCCGAAUGAGUGGUUUCAAUGUGCAGCAACACGAAAAAUAACAGCAACCAUGGCGCUGCACCCGCGCAGGGUUCGCCUGAAGCCGUGGCUGGUGGCCCAGGUGGACAGUGGGAUGUAUCCCGGGCUCAUCUGGCUCAACCGUGAAGCCAAACGGUUCCAGAUCCCCUGGAAACACGCGACCAGGCACAGCCCCCAGCACGAGGAGGAGAACACCAUCUUCAAGGCAUGGGCCGUGGAAACCGGGAAGUACCAGGAAGGAGUGGAUGAGCCAGACCCUGCCAAGUGGAAAGCCCAGCUCCGAUGUGCACUCAACAAAAGCCGGGAAUUUAAUUUGAUGUACGAUGGCACCAAGGAGGUGCCCAUGAACCCCAUUAAAAUUUAUGAGGUGUGCGACAUCCCGCAGUCCCAGGGAUCAAUCAUUAAUCCAGGUUCCACUGGCUCAGCUCCGUGGGAUGAAAAGGAUAAUGAUCUUGAUGAUGAAGAGGAGGAAGAAUUGAAUCAAUCUCAGCAUGUCCCUAUUCAAGAGACAUUUCCAUUUCUUAAUAUCAAUGAAUCUCCAAUGGCUCCAGGCAAUGCAGAAAACUGCAGCCCUGAAGCUGUGUGGCCAAAGAAUGAACCUCUGGACAUGGAAAUGCCCCCAACUGCGCUGCAGCACGACUUCUUCAGCAGCCCUGAGCUCUGGAUCAGCUCUCUGCCAAUGACAGACCUAGAAAUCAAGUUUGAGUACCGAGGGAAGGAGACUGGACCCACAACAACCGUGAGCAACCCGCAGGGGUGCAGACUGUUCUACGGAGAGCUGGGCCCCAUGCCAGACCAGGAGGAGCUCUUUGGGCCCAUCAGUUUGGAGCAAGUGAAGUUUCCAGGAACAGAGCAAAUCACCAACGAGAAGCAGAAGAUCUUCACGAGUCGGCUGCUGGACGUUAUGGACAGGGGGCUGAUCCUGGAGGUCAGUGGCCACGCCAUCUACGCCGUGCGGCUCUGCCAGUGCAAGGUCUACUGGUCUGGGCCCUGUGCGCCUUCCUCCACCACACCAAACCUGAUUGAGAGGCAGAAGAAAGUCAAACUCUUCUGUCUGGAAACAUUCCUGAGCGAGCUGAUUGCCCAUCAGAAAGGACAAAUUGAGAAACAGCCACCCUAUGAGAUCUACUUCUGUUUUGGAGAAGAGUGGCCCGAUGGAAAGCCCAGGGAGAGGAAGCUGAUUGUGGUGCAGGUCAUCCCAGUCGUGGCCCGGAUGAUCUACGAGAUGUUCUCGGGUGACUUCACGCGCUCCUUCGACAGCGGCAGCGUGAGGCUGCAGAUCUCCACCCCUGACAUCAAGGACAACAUCGUGGCCCACCUGAAGCAGCUCUACAGGCUGCUGCAGAACCACCAGGAGGGGUGGCCCAUGCAGGCCCCCCCCCUGCACAUGGCACAGCCGCUCCCGGCGCAGUGACAGAGCCCUGACUUUGCCCCCCGCCCGGGGUUUCUUUCUGUUGUACAUAUAGAAAAGUGUUUCUUAACCAGUGCCUUGCCUAAACCUGAAGAAAUAAAAUCUGUAAAUCUGGUCAUCUUGAUUCCAUAAUUUCAUAGGUUCUUUUGUUUUGGAAGCCCUCAAAGCAGAGGGGAUUACAGGAAUGCUUCUGACUCCUUCACUCUUUUCAGCUGUUUGCUUAAGCAACCCCUGUGUAUAAAUCAGAUUUUCAAUUCUGUAAUAUUUUUUUUAAAUCUGCUAUUGAUACAUUGUAUAUAAGCACUUGAUCAUUAGAGGGGGAAAAAGAAAAUAAUCUGCUCUAUUAAAACUGCCUGGAGAAUA